AUGUUGGCCAAACUGACAUCGCUCGAGAGACUGGGCAUAAUAGAGAGCUGUGAUUCAAUGAGGACUUUCCCUUUGGGUAUUUUUCCCAAACUCUGGUUUCUUAAUUUUCGGAAGUGUCAGAAUCUGGAAUCCUUUUCGAUUGAAGGAGUUGACAAGAAUCUCAGAGACUUGUAUAUCGAAGACUGUCCAAAUCUGGUGUGUUUUCCCCAGGGAGGAUUGCCCGCUUCCAACUUGAAUCACUUUAUGAUCAAUGGAUGCAACAAUUUGAAGUCAUUUCCUGAACGCAUUCACACCCUCACAGCCCUUCGAGGUUUGGUUAUAUAUGAUCUUCCAAAUCUUGUGUCAUUUGCGGAAUGUGGCUUGCCUCCCAACCUCCGAGAUUUUAGCAUUGAUAAUUGUUGUGAGAGACUGAGGCCUUCAUCAGUGGGAGAGUACUGGGGUUUGCAAGGACUUUUCUCCCUUGAAGAAUUUUCAAUUGGUGGCAGGGGAAGUGAUGAUAUCUUGGAGAGGUUGUUCAAGGAACAGCUGCUCCCUCCCAAUCUUCACACUCUCCACAUCAAUACACUCUCAAGUCUGAAAUCUUUGGACAUAAACGGACUUGGACACCUCACUUCUCUUCAACAACUACAUAUUAGUGGGUGUGAUAGUCUCGAAUUCCUCCCUCGUCUUCGACACCUCACUUGUUUUCAACAGCUUCAUAUUUAUAGCUGUCCGAGUCUCGAAUUCCUGCCAGAAGAGGGUUUGCCGCCAUCUCUUUCUUCAUUGAGCAUCUCCGAUUGUUCUGCCCUAGAGAAAAGGUAUGAGAAUAAGACAGGAUAA